UAUGAUCUGAUCCUGAUCACUUUACAUUUAUAUGGGUAGAAAGUCAAGUAGCCACUUUUUAUAAUUUGACGUCUAUUUAUUAUGGCGUUUUGGCGUUAUUUUUGAACUUAUUAAAAUGCCCAGGGAUAGAGGAAACGAUGACAACAGUUUAGGUGGUCGAGAUAAAAGCAGAGGUUUGAAACACCAGAAAGAUAAAAACAAAUACAAAGCUAAAUCGGUAAAGGAUCCCAAGCAUGUUCCUCCUAAAGUGAAACGUAAUCUGGGGUCGAACUGGGACCGUUACGAGACAGAGGAUGAUUCUCAAAGCCCUCAGUUAACUAGUAGUACUGACUUUUCCAUACUGGCAAAUGCCCCGAUCGCACAGGGCCAACAUUUUCAGUUCAAACAGGACAAAGUUAUAGCAAAGGAAAUAGAAAAGACCCCGCAAGAGUUGUUUUCCUUAGAUUUAAAUAUGUUGAAACAUAGUAUACUUACGGUACCUUUCUAUGAAAGGGUCGGCAUCGACGAAAAAUAUUUUACAAAAAAUCAGAUAAGCUUUAUGAAUAGAAGUGCAGAAAAUAGUCUGCUUAAAUACAGUGAAAAGUAUAAUUCCAACAGAACUGAAGAAAAAGUUGAGGAUCUUUAUUUAAAUACUGGCAAUGAUUCUGUUCCUGUAAAUGAAAAUCAAAACGUAGAUGUUACUGAUUUAGCCACAAAUGAAACUGAAGAGAAUGAAAAUGUGUCCGAAUUAAUAAACUUAGAAACAAAACAGGAAACUGAAUCAUCCGAGGAGGACUUAGAAAAGUGGCUAGAUGAUAUUUUGGAUGACUAGUUGAUUAAACAAGGGUGUUGGCGAUAAAUUGGAGAAUAAAAGUUUAUAUAGAUAA